AUGUCUUCUGAUCAAGAUGACCCUCUCAACUGCUAUCAUCUGCCACGGCCACUUCCUGCAUGGGUCAACCCGGUAUAUGCCAAGCACAUAGUGAAGGGCAACUUCAUGACACUCGUUGCGAGGCCCAAGACCGUCGAGAACGGCGAGUGGAUAGCCCACCAGGUUGUUGAGCACUAUCGCAACCUCUGGCACUUCGUUCGGGUCAUUUACGAGAAAGAAGACGCAGGCAUGAGCAUCUGCAAUGCCACAACCUGUCCCAAGAUGAGUGCUGGACCAAACCACUCCUACACAUGGCUCAACAGCCGCCACGAGCCCGUCGAGCUGCCCGCCUACGAGUACAUCACCCUCAUGCAGCGCUGGGUGUCCAGCAAGAUCGACGACACCAACAUCUUCCCCACGGACCCCUCCGGCGUAUCCUACGCCCUCAACCCGGCCUUCACCGACCCCUCCCUCCCACCGGCAGACGGCAGCGACUGGCCCGGCCGCCGCAGCGGCUUCCCCAGGGAGUUCGGCUCCAUCUGCCAGACCAUCUUCCUGCAGAUGUUCCGCGUCUACGCCCACCUGUACCACGCGCACUUUGUGGAGCCCUUCUACCACCUGAACCUGGAGAAGCAGCUCAACAGCUGCUUCAGCCACUUCCUGCUGACGGCCACCACCCUGGACCUGCUCAAGCCGCAUGAGCUGGAGCCCAUGCAGCCGCUCAUCGACCUGUGGGCCGCCAACGGGACGUUCCCUGCGGAUAGCAAGGCGUACAAGAUGGCCAACUUGAGGGCUGGGCAGGCGCUGUUGGCGGUGGUGGGGUUGUAG